CAUCGCUCAGCCCUGCCUCUGACAACCGUACACUCAGUCUACGUUUCUUCAGAUAGGCUGAAUUGAAGAAUCUUCAAAGGUUUAUGGCCAGUACACUUGGUAUUCACCUAUUACCGCCAACGCUACCCAGGGUGCCGGGUUUACGGAUACAGACUCGCGCCUGCCUGCCUGCCUUGGUGCUUCGUUGCGCUAUAAGUAGUUAGAGACGUUUCUCGCGUCUUUCACGACUGCGUUCAAAACUUCUGCUAUGACAACGUCCCACUCGCCCCUCAUCGGCUCCAUUUUCGAGCGCAAACCCCAAUCGAAGCCGAAUGCGCCGACAUUCAAAGCUAGCUUGUCAGGGAAGACGGGGUUCCCGUCCGUGCAGCACCGCUCAAAGAGCGCAUUCGCGCGUGCAAGAGAGGAACAGAAGAAAGGCGAGCCGAGUAAACCGCAAUAUGUGCCUGUCGUUCAGCCCACGAUGAAAGUCGAGAUCCCGAAGCCGAGAGUUGCUGCGAAGCCUGCGUCAGGGGAGUCCGGUGACUGGAGAAGACAGAUAGAGGAGGAGAAUCGAAGACGAGUGGACACCAUGACGGAUGAAGAGCGGGAACAAGAGCGGAGAGAGAUUUUGGAGAAGUUCGGGCCUGACGUAGGUGAGAUUCUGAGGAAGGCGAGGGAGGCCCGGGAACGCAAGGAGAGGCCAAUCGAGGGUGCAGAAGAGAUACCUAUGGUCCCGAGCCCACCCAACUCUCCACCUCUCUCAGCAGACGGCAGGACGUCUCGACCAUCUAGUCCUCCUCAGUCAGCGUUGUCCAGACCUGGAACACGUCCUUCAAGUCGUGCCGAUCGAAGAAUCCGGUUCGCGGAGCUCGCACCCACGGACAUUCACGUCUACGAGUCCGCCCCGCCCUCCCCACGAAAGAAGGCGCUCGCGCUUCCCCCGCCAUCUCCGGCAGACGGACCCACCACGUCGCUCGGUGAAUGGAAAGGUAACACUGGACCAAUCCGACGGCGCGACGCGCAGGCGCCUGCUGUCGAUCACUCCGCUACGACCGUGAACAGCCUGGGGGAGGGCACACCCGAGGAUAUCCGUCGGCGGUUCUUCCCCACGGCGCCUGCACACGACCCGUCGCUCGAGUGGAUCGAGGGCGGUCCGUCCUCGGCGGCGCCUCAGUCAACGCCCGAGCCCGACUCGACGCUGCGGUUUGACUUGACGGGCACGCCGAUCCCGCCGGAACUGUCUGCGACAUUGCCCACGCAUCUUGGCCUGCAUCACCAUGCGGACGGGGACCGCGCGGGGUACACGCUCGAGGACGUUUUCUGGCUUUCACGCUCGACUGUCCCAGCGCAGCGUGCGACGAUGCUCGGCGUGCUCGGCCGCAUCAUUCGGAGGUUGGGCAAGGGGCGGGCGCGGGACCCUGAACAAGGCAUCACGCAGCUGCAAGGACAGGCCGAGGCUGUCCGGAAGCGAGCAUUGGCUACGGGCGUCGAGGCGAUGGUAGAGCGUGGCGGCGUGGGCGCGCGAGCUAUCGAGGUGAUGUGGGAGUGCAUUGUCGGGUGGGACGAGGAUGUCAUCGAUGUCGAAGGCGUCGAGCUGCAAGCCGCCCGUCAGCCGGACUCUUCGCCAUCGACAUCGGAUAGCAAGGGUGAAGACAUCUUGACUAGUCUGCCGCUGGAAUAUGUCCUCGCGCAGAUCAGCAACUCGUUCUCAGCGGGUGCUCAGCCUGCGGAGACACUCGCACAGUUGUUGGCCAUCCUUCAUCGCCUGGCACAGCACACGAAUGCUAUAGCAAACAGCAUUGUCCCAACCACCGGGCUCGUCGCCAACGUGAUUCAGCGAUUUCUUCUCACACCUUUUCCACCGACCGACUCCACCCCCCGCCCAGAUCCGUCUGCGCUACAACUCCUCAAUACACUCGCGUCAGCAUCCCGUACGAAUGCAUCGGCACUACUCGACCCAGCGGAUGCACUUUUGCGUUUCGUCACUACCCUUCCUCCGGCGUCGCCAUAUCCUCUCGCCCUGGCCACUGCUCUCCUCAACGGUACUCUCCAUCUCUACACCGUCUUCGCCUCGUACGGUCUCUACUCGCACAUCGCAACCACCGCAUCCGAACAUCUCACAAAACUCGGUCAAUACGUACUCUCGGAAGAGUGCCGAUCUCGGCAAUUGCGUGAGGCGUGGCUGGCCCUGCUCGAGGCGUGGAUGGUCUGCGCGCGAGACCCGCACCGUACGUCGCCUGGACACGAGAUAUUGUGGAGCCAAGUUGCUGGCUGGGGAUGGGGCGACGAUAUCCUGGAGAUAAGGGAAAGGCUAGCGGAGGAAGAUGCCGCUGUAUGGACUGCGCUCUGGCGCGCCGCAGCGGCGUGGUUGGAGGGAGCGAAGAUCAACGGUGUCAAGGGAGGCGAGAAGGAGAGGGGCGUCGUCAUCGCUGCGGUUCAAGACCAGUUCCGCGACGGCCUAGAGAAGAUCGUAGUCGAGAAUUCUGGGAGAACACUCAGCACAGUCUUGGGACAGCUCGCCACUAUUGGCGUGCGUACCCUGCAGCCGGAGGACCUACCCAAGCUCCAAGAGAUGGCCGAACAUGCCAGCCGGCUUGCAGCAGCUCUGCGCCUUUGGCUCGCAUGCGUAUCGCCGCAGUCAUCUGGACCACCCGAUUCCCCACCGUUCCAAUUACCCUUCCGCGAGCUCUCUGAUCUCUGUGCUCAGAUCACGACUCACCCCAUAUGGGAUUCUGCGCUCGCUCAAGGAUCCGUCUCGUAUGGCUAUGCGUUCUGCAAAUCCCUUUCCUUGUUGCUGUGUUCCUACCUCCAACUGUCGCCCCAUAUGCCCGGCGUAUCGGAUGCCUUAUGGAUGGCUCAGGCAUUGGCUAUUCUGUCUAGGCUCCUCCCAGGAGACGAAGAGGCAGCUCGGCACAUCGUCGAUCUCGUGACUAGUCUCAUUACGCCCAGCUUCAUGGGUGCGCGCGGAUGGACGGUCCCUCCAGUCAUCUGGAGGAAGGGCGGAAUGGACGCGAUCAAGCCUUUCCUGGCUUACUCCCUUCGGCCGAAGGAGCAUGCGUAUAUAGGGCCACAGUGGAUAUCUCCAGAUUCGAUAUCGCUCUCGACCACGCAGAGACUACCUCCAGCGGGAGUCCUGGUCACGAACACUCGACGUACCCUUCCCCUUCCUCUCACGCGAGACUGGAUGUGCUCGCCGCUUGAUCACCUCUUGCGGUCGGGCGACUCCGACGUAUUCAAGUCGUUGCCUUCUUCGUGGGACGCGUCCGAGACGGAAGUCGUGCGGGCCUGCUUGCUCCUCGCCCGGGUUGUCCGAGAGGUCGCACAACUGCAUGGGCUUCAGGCAUUCGCGAUGUCACGCGAGGAGACGAUCUUCUCAUGCAUGAAGGUAUACAUGCUCGAACACGGCCAGCAGCAUAAUGACUCCACAGAGGAAGUCUUCCGCGACAAGACUGUCGGCCAGUUCAUGGAAGACCUCAUGGCGCCUUUCUCGGCGAGCGCAUCGACCAGCUCCCUGGUUCUUCCCCGUUCCCGUGGUUCAGCGCCAAGUCUAGAAAGCGUUGCUACGCGCUUUCUCGGUUCAGGAACCCCCUUCUACCAGUUCUACACCGACUUUGUGGCAUUGUACGACGCGAUAUCCUUCUCACAUCCGCUCUUCGCUCGACUCCUGUUGCCUCCCACGUCUAUGAGGUACCCGAUUGACUACAGGAAAUACCUCUGGGCUGACUACGGUCAUCUAUUGAAGACUGUACGAACACCCGUCGAAGCUGUCCUCACGGGGAGUCUUGGGGAGUAUCUAUGGCCGGUAGAACGUGACCCAGAAGUAGUCGGUGCCUACCUACGCGCGCUGGUAAAAGGCUUGCCCGAAGGGUUCCUCCGCUUCGUCGCUGUCCAUCAUGUGGCAUGCAACAUCUGGCAAGAUCUAUCCGAUACCACAGAUGAGAAGGCACAGAGGCUCCUGAAAGCUGUCGUUGAUCAAGGUAGUCUCGACGUCAUCCGGGAGGUUGUGUGUUAUCGACAGGUGCGGGAAGGUACCGUUCUCCUUCCUCCUCAAUGCUUCACACAAAAGGGCGAAUGGAGGAGCCGACGACUGGAUUUCGUUACCAAAACUGGAGGGCCUAGUAUGGCUGAUCGUCUGAAGGGACUGUUUGCGGACGUCUGAUUCGGAGCUUGGGUGGUGAUUCGCCUAGCCUACUUAUGUCACCUAGUGUAUUGAACAGAUAAACAAAGAAUAAUGUAUUGAUACAGUAUGUACACUACCGCAGUUGGUCAUUCGAUGUAGAGUAAUCACAUGCAAUGCCCGAUCAUGUCCAGGUUGUUUUGCCGA